UUUGCGCAUGCGCAAACACUACUGCUCGGUAGCUGAUGCAAGAAACCCGAAACUGACCAGUGGUUUGGGUGAUUAAAACAUAUACUGCAACGGAUUUUCAUCGUUAUCUGACAGAACAUAGUCUGGAAACAUGUCGGGAGACGACGAGAUGAUAUUUGAUCCCAACAUGUCCAAGAAGAAGAAAAAGAAGAAGAAGCCUUUCAUGCUUGAUGAAGAAGGAGGGGAUGGUGCCAGUGAGGAUGCUCCACAGCCAGAAGCAAAGGAGGUGGAGGUGGAUGGAGGAGAGGACAGAGAGGUGGACUUUGACGAGGAUGACGGAAGGAGGAAAGAAAUCUCUGAUGACCUGGAUGACUUAAACUUCUUCAACCAGAAGAAGAAGAAAAAGAAAAAGCCAAAGACAUUUGAAAAUGAUGUAGAGGAGGGAAUAAAGGAGCUGAAAAUUGAGACAGAGCCCUCUGAAACCAACGGAGAGGGCGACUUGAUGUUAGAACUAGGAAAAAAGAAAAGGAAGUCUAAGGCUGUGAAUUUCGACAUGGAUGACGACAUGGAAAUCAAAGAUGACGCCCAGGAAGACGACGAUGGAAAGAACACUGACGACAUCACAUUCAGCAGCACACAGUUGGGACCUGCGUGGGCGGGCUCAGAGAGAGACUACACAUAUGACGAGCUGCUGAACCGUGUCUUUCAAAUCAUGCGGGAGAAGAAUCCUGACAUGGUGGCUGGGGAGAAGCGGAAGUUUGUCAUGAAGCCUCCCCAGGUGGUCCGAGUAGGCACCAAGAAGUCAUCCUUUGUCAACUUCACCGACAUCUGCAAACUGUUGCAUCGGCAGCCAAAACAUCUCCUGGCCUUCUUGUUGGCUGAGCUUGGAACAAGUGGCUCUAUAGACGGAACUAAUCAGCUCAUCAUCAAAGGAAGAUUCCAGCAGAAACAGAUAGAGAAUGUCUUACGAAGAUAUAUUAAGGAGUAUGUGACGUGCCAUACAUGUCGCUCCCCCGACACUAUCCUCCAGAAGGACACACGACUCUACUUCCUACAGUGCGAGACCUGCCACUCCCGCUGUUCCGUCGCCAGCAUCAAGGCAGGUUUCCAGGCAGUCACAGGCAAGAGGGCUCAGCUCCGCGCCAAAGCCAAUUAAAACCACCACUGCUGCCCCCUCUACCCCAUCUGUGCUCUGUUUCUCUCUCAGGAGUGGACAGGAUGGGAUGCUUUUAUGGACCGUCUGUGGAUUUGUUACCUAUUGUAAAGAAAUGAAUAAAUCGUAUACCAUCUGGGUGAUCAGA